GGAUUAAAAAUGGCUUCCGGAGUAAUGGUUAAUGCUGAGUGCCAGACAGCUUUUCAACAAUUAUCUGAGGCCAAAAAGUACCGCUACAUUAUUUAUAAAAUUGUCGAGAAUGAAGUUGUGGUUGAAGUUGCUUUGACUGCUGAAGAGAUAGGGACAACAGAUGACAGUUAUGAAGACAAUUCUAAAGCGGCUUAUGAGAUAUUCGUAAAGGACAUUAAAGACAAGACUGACGGUUUUCAAGAUUGUCGUUAUGCUGUUUUUGACUUUAAAUUCCAAACACAUCGUCCAGGCGCUGGAACUUCUAAAAUGGACAAAAUAGUCUUCAUUCAAUUGUGCCCAGACAGCGCUUCUAUCAAAAAGAAGAUGGUUUACGCUUCGACUGCUUCUGCCAUAAAGGCAUCGCUUGGGACGGCAAAGAUGCUUCAAUUUCAGGUCUCAGACGAAUCGGAAAUUGCGCACAAGGAAUUGCUUAACAAGCUCAACGAGAAAUAUCGUGAUAACUAAAAGGGGGAGAUGACUAUUUUGAAAAAUUGAUGGAAGAGUAAAAAAUUUGAGAGAGAGGAAAGAGACCCUAAUUUUUAAAUUUAAAAGAGAGGAGAGAAAAAAAAUAUCAAGUGCCGAGAGAGACGUUUGUUUUUUUUUUAAUUUUUAAAAUUAAAUUUAAAAAAAAUGUGUGUGUGGGGAGAAUAGAGAGGGGAAAGAGAAGGACAUUUUUUGGAUUAGGAAAAAAAAUUUCGGAUCUUUUGGGAGGGGAAAGGGCUUGGAACCACUCACAAUCAACUCUUCAGUAAUUCUCUCAUUUUCCAAUUUUGAAAAGUUUUUUGGGGCUGAAUGAUUCCAAAGGACAAUAAAAAAUAUUUUCCUUCUUGUGACCCUCUCUCUUUCUCCCCACACAGAAAUGGCUUUUUUCCUGUUUGUGUGUCCUAUAGUUUCAGAUUGGAUUCUUCGGUUGGGAUUGGGCUCCUUGGUCUUGGUUUCCUAAUCCAAACCAAAUUUCCCAACAUUUAUUGUUCCGAAAUCCAAACCCCCCAACUUUAGGCCAACACCAAUUUCAAAAAUCGGUCUAAUUCCCCAAUAAGUCCAAAUUUAAUUUUUCAGUCCAUAUUCAAAUUUCUAGGCCAUUUUCGAUUUUAUGGGUACAUUCCAAUUUCCUAAAAUUAUGGGAGGCAUAAAUUGGACACAAAGCCAAAAAUAAUGACCCCCCAAUAUUAUUAUUAUAUUUCCCAACAUAUUUGGCUUUUAUUUUGUUUUUUUUUCUCUCUCCCUGCAACACAAACAAACAAAAAAAUUCACUUGGGACCUAAUUUAAAAAAUUUCAUUCCUCAUUUUAAAAUGCAUUCUCUCUUUAUUUCUUC